AUGGAUGAUUCAUUCCACCUGGAAUCUGAAAAACAGCAGUACUGUUAUCCAUCAACUAAUGGAUCCUGUAUUAAAGGCAAUCAAACCAUGGCAGCUCAGGUCAUCUUGUAUAUUUUGUUUGUGACAGGAAUGAUUUUCACAGUUCUUGGGAAUUUGGUUGUCAUCAUCUCCAUUGCGCAUUUUAAACAGCUCCAUACACCAACGAACAUACUGGUAAUGUCUUUGGCAGUGGCAGAUCUGCUACUUGGAAUGGUUGUGAUGCCCUUCAGCAUGAUUAGAUCUGUCGAGGGCUGCUGGUACUUUGGGGAUGUUUUCUGUUUACUGCACUCCAGUUUUGAUAUGUUCCUUACAUCAGUCUCCAUUUUUCAUUUGAUUUUCAUUGCCAUAGACCGCUAUCAGGCAGUGUGCAGUCCACUCCAUUAUUCCACCAGAAUAACCAUCCCGAUUGCAUGGCUUAUGAGUGUUCUGAGUUGGGUCAUUGCCAGCAUAUACUCCUUUGGUCUUCUUUAUUCAAAAGCUAAUGUAAGGGGACUGGAGGAAUAUAUUGCAUCUAUAUAUUGCUUGGGUAGUUGUGUUCUUUUGUUCAAUGCCUUAUGGGGUGCUUUGGACACUUUAAUUGCAUUUUCUCUGCCUUGUUUUGCUAUGAUGGGUUUGUAUGCAAAAAUAUUUUUGGUGGCCAGGGAGCAUGUAAGAAAGAUUGAAGACAUGAAUCAUAAACUAUCUGUGAAUGAGGAAAACAAGAACAAAGUGUCUCAACGUUCUGAGCAAAAAGCAGCAAAGACUCUGGGCAUUGUUGUGAGUGUCUUCAUCCUCUGCUGGAUGCCUUUCUUUGUAAAUUCAAUAAUUGACCCCUACACUAACUUUGCCACUCCUGCCAUUGUUUUUGAUGUAUUUGUUUGGUUAGGUUACUUUAAUUCUACUUUAAAUCCGAUCAUCUAUGCAUUAUUUUAUCCUUGGUUCCAAAAAACAUUGAAGCUUAUUAUCACAUUUAAAAUAUUCUCUCCACAUUCCUCACAUCUCAAUGUAUUUUCUGAAAGAUGA